UCAGCCGUAUGUAUGUAUGAGAAUUGAGAACACAAGAAGAACAGAGAAACAAAAGAAAGAAAAAUGAAGUGCCCAUACUGUUCAGCGGCGCAGGGGCGUUGCACCACAACAACCACCGGAAAAUCAAUCACAGAAUGCACAUCAUGCGGCCGCGUCGUAGAAGAACGACAAUCCCAUCCCCACCACAUCUUCCACCUGCGCGCCCAAGAUAAUCCCCUAUGCCUCGUCACACCAGAUCUCCCUCCCCCCACUCUCAACCAAACCAACACCGAUACCAACGAAGAAGAAGACCCAUUCGAGCCCACGGGCUUCAUAACCGCUUUCUCAACAUGGUCAUUAGAGCCCAGCCCGCUCUACCUUCAAUCUUCCCUCUCUUUUUCGGGCUACCUUGCUGAACUUGAACGAACUCUUGAAUCAUCUUCUACGAAUUCUUCGUCGAGUGUUGUUGUUGAUAAUCUUAGGGCUUAUAUGCAGAUUAUUGAUGUUUCGUCGAUACUUGGAUUGGAAUCUGAUAUUUCUGAUCAUGCUUUUCAGUUGUUUAGGGAUUGUUGUUCUGCUACUUGUUUGAGAAAUCGGAGUGUUGAAGCUCUUGCUACUGCUGCUCUUGUUCAGGCUAUUCGAGAAGCUCAAGAACCUCGAACCCUUCAGGAAAUUUCAAUUGCUGCCAAUGUGGCACAAAAGGAAAUCGGUAAAUACAUCAAGAUACUGGGAGAAGCUUUGCAGCUAAGCCAACCUAUUAACAGCAAUUCUAUAUCAGUUCAUAUGCCAAGAUUUUGUACUCUUCUUCAGCUCAAUAAAUCUGCUCAGGAACUGGCUACUCAUAUAGGAGACGUUGUGAUCAACAAAUGCUUCUGCACUCGCAGGAAUCCAAUUAGCAUCUCAGCUGCCGCCAUAUAUUUGGCUUGCCAACUAGAAGACAAACGCAAAACCCAGGCUGAAAUUUGCAAAGUAACUGGUCUUACUGAAGUCACUCUCCGUAAAGUGUACAAAGAAUUACUGGAGAAUUGGGAUGAUUUACUUCCCUCUAAUUACACCCCAGCUGUUCCUCCGGAGCGGGCAUUUCCCACGACCUUAAUUGCUUCUGGGCGUUCUUCAACAACUAAGGUUGAUGCUAUAGAGGUUACUUCUUCUUUAGAUUCAGAAAAUUUGCCGGAAUUUAAACCAAACAAAGCUAAUGAGGCCGAAGGUAAAAGUAAUGCUCGUGCAAGCCAAUCCACAGCUAUUCAACAGUCAACAUUUUGGCAAUCCCAACUUCCCAGUGCGACCCAGAAUCAUCAAAAUCCAAAUGUUUUAGAAUCAAUGGAUAUUGAUGGGCUGCAGCGCAACCACCAACAACCUGAACCCAUGGUAGAGGUCGCAAAUGGUGCUGCUAUUGGUAGUUCUGUAAACUCAAACCAACUUUACAGUCCUCCUGCGUCAAGUUCAAGCUCUGUUAUGAGGUCGCUUUCGGCUCCUCCUUCAUCUGCUCCUCCAAAUAUUCGACACUUGCAAUCGUCUAAGACAAUGCCUGGUUUUCCAGAGUACUGAAAUGAAUUCCUUGCAUGUUACUUACAUAACCUAGAUAAAUGAAAUGAGUAGGUUUCUUCGAGAGUAUAUUAUUGUAUAUAUGUAUUGUGUCAUUUGGUUUGUUUAAGGUGUGAAUUUUGUUGACUGCUGAAAGUUUUACGGAACACUAACUCGUUUCAUAUUGCAUUGGAUUUCAUUAUUCAAGGUAGAUUUGUUCUGAAACA